AUGGAUUGGGACUCCACGGCAGACGGCCGCCAUCCGCACAUUUGCAAACGACUGGUCACUUUUGAGGCAACCACCUUCUUUUUUUUUCAUCUGCUAUGCAACCCACCACCAUGGUUCAUCGACCCCUCCAUUGCUGGACUGUCGUGUAAAAUAUCGGAGGCUGCGGAUGCACUGUUGCGCACUAAUAAGCCAAAUGCACAACCAAAAACCGGUUUACAUCUUUGCGUGAUGGUUUCUCGGGAGAUUGCGAUUAAUAUACGUGUGUCCGAACUUUCCGCUCUCCAGGGCCACGCUACCUUGACAGGGUCAGGGCUCUAAAUUGAACCGGGCAAAAGAUCCAAUUCUGAAAUUAGACUUUCUUUCUUUU